AUGGCAUUUUCAUCAUCCGCAAAAGUUGUCGUAAUAACGGGAGCUUCUUCUGGAAUCGGCGCCGGUCUUGCAAAAUAUUUGUCCAAGUUUGAUAAAGGUAAAUUUGCGCUUGUACUUGUUGCUCGACGUGAAGAAGAAUUACAAAAAGUUGCCGAAUCUUGUCUUCCAAAUUGUAAAUCAUUAAUUGUGAAAGCAGAUGUCACGAAACGAAAUGAAGUUGAAUAUAUAUUGACUCAAGCAAAAAU